CACAAAAGGUAGUGAUCCACGGAUUGCACACUCGGAAGCCAGUUAAGCGAAAGCUAGUUAAACGAAAGCUUCUUCUAUCCCGUCAACAAUCAUUUGAACCUACAUCUGAGGGCGGGUAUUUCACAACCUUAAAUACCACGCCAGCUACACGACAUGGACGUUACCAAGGGAAGCCCAAAGGAAGGUGGUGAUUUUUCAGACUCAACGGAGCUUCAUGAAUCGAGGUCUGAAAAUCCAAAGUUGAGUGCGUUGCACGAAUAUCAUCUUCUGCCAGUUCCUGUGAGAAGGCGAGUUCGUGCACUCAAGAAACUGCAGUACGAGACGUUGAAAAUCGAUUCAGACUUCUACAAAGAAUUGUUCGAACUUGAAGUUAAAUACGAUGCUAAGCACCAGCAAAUUUUCACUAAGAGGCGAGAUAUCAUAUCAGGGGAGGUGGAACCUAAUGAUGAGGAGUGUGACUGGCCGACUGAUGACGAAUUGGAUAUGGACAAUCUGUCAGAAAGGUUGAAAGAUAAAGUUAGUGUUACCAAGGAUUGCAACAAUGGAGCUACCGAAGCUGAAACGAAAGGUGUCACAGACUUUUGGCUUAAAACAUUGGAAAACAUAUCUCUGUUCGAUGAGAUGGUACAAGAACACGAUCGUGACAUACUGAAACACUUAGUGGACGUGAAGUGUGUUCUUCACACAGGCGAAGAGUCAGGAUUCACGCUGGAAUUUUAUUUCUCCCCAAACGAAUACUUUACAAACAGCGUCCUGACAAAAAGGUAUUACUUCAAUUACGAAAUACCGAGUGACGAUCCAUUUGGAUAUGAGGGGCCGGAAAUCGUUCGUACCAAAGGCUGUAUAAUUAACUGGAACCCAGGAAAAAAUGUGACGGUAAAAUUGAUUAAGAAGGUUCAAAAACGGAAGAGUGGGGGUGCUAAACGAACUGUUACAAAAAGUGUUCGAGAAGAUUCCUUCUUCAACUUCUUUGCACCUCCUGCAGAAAGUCUUUCUGACGAUUUGGACGAGGACACCGAGUUGUUGUUAGAAUCUGACUUCAAACUUGGCCAGUUUCUAAGAGAAAGUGUUAUCCCAAGGGCUGUACUAUACUUCACUGGAGAGGCAGUAGAUUCUGAGUUCGAUGACGAAGAUGAUUUAGAUGAUGAAAUUAGUGAUGAAGACGAUGACGAUGAUGAAGACGAUGAAAAUGAAAAAGAGAAUUCCAAUUUACAUUCCGCCCGCGCGCGAAAUAAUCGUGCCCCAAAUCGACCGAAGCGUAAUACUGAAGGUGCUGGAGAACAACAGGAAUGCCGCCAACAAUAAAUUCCAUCAUUUCGCUUGUCAACAUUAACUGAUUCUUGUAUUGAGAGUAUUUCUGCAAUGCAUUUCAAGGUCGCCAAGUACUUAUAUGAUUGCUCGUUUACAAAAUAAAUGAUCAACAGAACUAUUAAACGAAUUGACUGUGAAUUAGCUGUUUUGUUUGCCACAUGGUAAUAUUUCUGACCAAUGUUUCUCAGAAUUAUUCACAUAUUUAACGUGUUGGCUUUGCUAGUCUUGUCUCAAUACAAAAGAAAUUCGUUUAUUA